CCAUUCCAGACGGCAGUGUAUGGUGGAUCAUUGAACGCAUGCAAACGUUUCCUGAUCUUGGGAUUUGGCAACUCUCCGCCCCUUUCCCUUACUUGCUCUUCUGCUCCUCCUCCCUCUUGCCUGAGAGGCGUGCGUUUCUGCCAGAGACUAAGAGCGCGAGUCAGAUCAGACACUCUCUCUGCAGAGUUUCAACGGGACACAGCAGCUGUAGAAGCCUUCAGUAACCUAAACUCUCUCUCAACUUUACCAGGUUCAGGUUAGCAGCAGCAGUUCCAGUCAGCUAUGGAGACUCCAGGUCAGAAACGAAACACCCGCGGAGGGACAACCACCAUUCUGUCUCCCAACCGUAUCACUCGGCUUCAGGAGAAAGAAGAUCUAUGCAACCUGAAUGACCGACUGGCGGUCUACAUCGAUAAGGUGCGCUCUCUAGAGGUGGAGAACGCAGGUCUGCGUAUGCGUAUCACAGAGUCGGAGACGGAGAUCAGCCGCGAGCUGAGCGGCAUGAAAGCGGCGUAUGAGGCUGAGCUGGCAGACGCUAGGAAGACUCUGGACUCGGUGGCCAAAGAACGAGCCCGACUUCAACUGGAGCUCAGCAAGGUGCGAGAGGACUACAAGGAGCUGAAGGCCAGGAAUGGUAAGAAAGAGUCGGAUCUGGAAUCGGCUCUGGCCAGACUCAAGGAUCUGGAGGCUCUGCUGAACUCCAAGGACGCGUCUCUCUCCACAGCACUGGGGGAGAAGAGAUCACUGGAGGUCGAAUGCAGAGAUCUGAAAGCCCAGCUGGCCAAGCUGGAGGGCAGUCUGAAUGAUGCUAAGAAGCAGCUACAGGAUGAAAUGCUACGACGUGUGGACGCUGAGAACCGAAUCCAGACCCUGAAAGAGGAGCUGGAUUUCCAGAAGAACAUCUACACUGAGGAGCUCCGUGAGUCUAAGCGCAGACAUGAGUCACGCGUGGUGGAAAUCGACAGCGGCCGCCAGCGGGAGUAUGAGAGUAAACUGUCUGAGGCUUUGAUUGAACUCCGUAACCAACACGAAGAGCAGCUUCGCAUCUACAAGGAUGAAAUUGAGAAGACCUACAACUCCAAGCUGGAGAAUGCCCGUCAGUCGGCUGACAGGAACAGCCAUUUGGUGGGAGCCGCCCAUGAGGAACUGCAGCAGACACGUUUGAGGAUGGAGAGUGUGACCUCUCAGCUCUCUCAGCUGCAGAAACAGUUGACUGCUCGCGAUGCGAAGAUCCGGGAGCUGGAGGAGGCUCUAUCCAGAGAGAGGGACAUGAUGCGCCGCCGUAUGGACGACAAGGAAAAAGAGAUGGCUGAAAUGAGGCAUCGCAUGCAGCAACAGUUGGACGAGUACCAGGAGCUGCUGGACAUUAAGCUCGCACUCGACAUGGAGAUCAGCGCCUACCGGAAGCUUCUGGAGGGCGAGGAGGAGAGGCUGCGACUCUCCCCGAGUCCCCCUCCUGUCCGUGGGGUGACUGUGACCCGCACCUCGGGUUCUGGCACUCUUUCACGUGUGGUCCAGAGCAGCACCAGUCGUACCUCUUCAGGCAGUGCUAAAAAACGGCGCUUGAAUGAUAACGACAGCGAUGCUUCCAGUGUGGUCGGCGGAACUGUUACUCGCACACGUGUUGCCCAGCAGGCCUCUGCCAGCGGCCGCGUGACCGUGGAUGAAGUGGACAUGGAGGGCAAAUAUGUUCGGCUCAGUAACAAAUCCGACCAGGAUCAAGCUAUGGGUCACUGGCAGGUGAAGAGGCAGAUUGGUUCCGGCACUCCCAUCGUCUACAAGUUCCCGCCAAAAUUUACCCUAAAGGCAGGACAGACUAUCACGAUUUGGGCUGCAGGAGCUGGAGGAACCCAUAGUCCUCCUUCUGACCUGGUGUGGAAGACCCAGAACUCAUGCAGUGGAGAUCUGUUCCAGACCACCCUCAUCAGCUCCAGUGGGGAGGAAAUGGCCAUGAGGAAGGUCACACGCACACUAUUCCAGGAUGAGGAAGAUGAUGAUAUGGCCGCCCACAGCACAUGUGGGGAUAGUGAGUACAACCUCCGCAGCCGUACGGUGGUCUGUGGCUCAUGUGGGCAGUCUUCAGAUAGAAACAGCAGCUGCGUGUCGGCCAGCUCUGGAGUGUCGAGUGCGGCUCGCUCCUUCAGCAGUGGAGGGGGGCUGCCUGAAGCAUUUGUCUCUCCCUCACACUUUAUUGUGAGCAAUGACAAACGCAGACAGGCUGGACCCAAACUAGACAACUGCUCCAUUAUGUAGACAAGCUGUACCCUGACCAUCUGUCCUUUCACACAAACCAGGAGGAAUUUAUCCAACUAUUCAUUUCUUUUUGGAUUACUUGUCUUAUUAUUACAUGAUAUUUUUUGUA